CGCAAGGUGCGAAUGCUGGGCUAUGCCACGUAGGAUAUUUACUAUAGUACACAUUAACAGUCGCGCAAGGUGCGAAUGCUGGGCUAUGCCACGUAGGAUAUUUACUAUAGUAGGAAUUGCUUGUUUACUCCAGAUAACACCUCCCCCUACUGUGCAACACAGUCGGUGGAAGAAAAAAACAAAGGGUGGCCCAACGCAUGGGCGAUCCCUCUCGUUCGCCUCUCUCUCGAUCCUCUCUCCACCUCUCCGCCGCCGGCAAAUUCCCGCCGCUGCCGGCGGUCUCCGGCGCCGCCCAGCACUCCCUCGAGGUCUCCUCGGUCCGGUCUAUCUCCUUCACCCACUCGAUUCGAUGCUCGCCUCCUCCUCCUGCGCUCGUGGCUAACCCUAGCCACAGCUAUCGUCGGCGUGGCUCCGACGCCUCCUGGCGCUCACCGAGGCCGUCGAACGCGAGGGCAUGUACGAUCUGUGCCCUCUUGAGAGGAGUCAGCCCUCAUAUGGUUCUGCACCAAGGUCGGGGGACGCUCGGCCCGUCCUCUUCAACGCCGUGGCCCGCCAAGGUCGGCGAGGAGGUCUCCGGCAUGCUCGAGGCCACCGCCAGACGGAGCACGCCGUCGCCACCGCACGGUCUUCCUCCUUCGUAACCGAUCCUCUGCCCAUCCUCUCUUCUCCCCACGGGAUAGCCAGCAGCCCACCUUGUGCUUGAGUCAUGGAGAGGCAGGCGGCAGGUGUGGAUGAGGAGAUCCACCACAGAGGACGCGAGGUGAGAUGGGAAAAAGAUGCAAGGUCAGAUGUGGAUGGGGUUGUUGGCUUGUCCAUGAUGCUGGUGCUGAUGCGGACACCGUGGCUGUCGUUUCCUCUGCACACCGAUUGGCCAUCCCAGAGAACUCGUCGAAGAUAAUCCAUGCCAUCGCGUGGCAUCGAUCUCCAUCGUCCUCGUCCUAUAGGAGCGAGCUGGGAGCAAGCUCAAACAGUUUGUCGUGGACAGAGAAGAGUGAGACUAAUAAGAGGCAUAUAUCCGAUGACUACGGUGGGAUGAAGUCGGGAAGUCACUCGCAGACGUUAGGGAGAUUGUAUGCCUGGGAGAAGAAACUGUAUGAAGAAGUCAAGCUGAGGAACCAAGACGCCAAAGGUGCACAGCUGCACUGUGCUGAAAAAACCAGGACAAAUGACGGGGAGCUCAGUGUGAAGAACAAGACUCAGGUUAGUUUGGUGUUCUUUCAUGUGUUGAGACCUCAGCUCAGCAACGACCAGUUUUCUGCAGUAUUACUCACUGCUCUCUUCACUUUUUUUUUGAAUUGAAUGCCUGCCAGUGUUUCUCCUGCUUGCGCUGGCUAAAAAACUAAUCAACUUAGUUGCAUGUUGAACUGUAAUUUUGUGGAUUGCCUUUGGUGGUGAUGCAUUGUGUUUUGUCCUCUUAGUAUGCAAAGUUAAGUGCACCGUCACGUAAUAUAUGAGUAAUUAACCAUGGUUUAGGAAGUUUCAAGAGGUUCAGAAAGCUUAUGAGGAACUUGAUUUUUGUUCAACGUGGAUGCUCAUAUAUACAUUUUUGUCUCUUCUUUGUAUACUUUGAAGAAUGAAGAAAAAGAACGCUCUAUGAUUAGGUAACAAUUUAAUCCCUCCGAUUAUAGACGUCUAUGGCCGUUUCUUUCUAUAUGUUCAUGAGUUACAAAGAAUUAAUUUAUUGAAACUUAAGAUAAUUAGACAACAAUACAUUUUGAGUAUAUUUUGGAUAGGAUAAAGGAGGAGAUUAAUUCCAUUUCUUGUAUCAAUGGAAUGAUGUACGGAAAAGCCGUCUUUCCGGUAUUUGUGUUUUGGAAAUGCCCUCUUACAUGUUAUUUCACUUUUAGUCCAACAUGUAGCUGCUCGUGAUCGAUGCGCUUACUAUUAAUGUUUUUCGUGUUCGCUUCUCUCACAAAAUAGGGGUUGCAAGUUUGAGUACCUUCUCAAAGUAUGCUACUGAAUCUAUCUAUGGUAAGUCUGCAACCUAGAAUUUGCUCCUGCCUACUACAUUUACAAUGGUUUCAUCAAGAAUAAUUAUGCCCUACGUGGUACAAUGCCCUUACACUUUCAGAUUUAGCAGUAGUUAGAGAAAUAUAAAUAUCAGGUAGAUUGACUACUUUGACACAUAGGUGAGAUUAAAAAAAUACAACUGCUGAAACUCUUUCUGCGCUAUACGAGGUGGUAUUCAGUUCCUUUGGAUUGCAUGGUAAAAACAUCUCUUGCUUCGGAAUAACAUGAUCAUUCUUCAUGAAGUGCUUCCUAGGGAUAACUCCGCUCUCCCACGCAGCCACACCAACGUCACCUUGAGGGACGAGUGGGUGGGAGGAGAAGGCGGCGCCGACGGUUUAAAUCUAUGAUCUGCCUUGACGUGGCAGGCGGCGAAUCAGUCCGGUCAAAAUGGCAAGGUCACAACGGCUCAUCUACAUGCGACAUACUCUUUCCUCCGGUGUCUACGACGACCACCACUACUUCUGCGAUGCCUAUGAGAGUGACGUGGUCUGCAUCAAGGGUUAUUACAAUGGCAUAGAUCAGCAGCUGCUCGAGCAGGCGAUGAUGAAGGCGAGCGUCGACUCGGUUGGGGGUGGCGGACGACAGUGAGGAUGCAAGGUUGAACGUGAAAGCUGACUAAUUCAUUGCAAAGUUCUACGCAUAGAUGAAACUGCAGCAGCAAUCAUCGUUGGAGCAUCUGCUAGGUACAUAGUGUUUAGAUUGUCUGUUUAUUUGUUGAGUUUGAUUCACUUUUGGAGAAGCCACUGGAUGUGUAAUUAUACCAUGUAACCAACUAUAAUGACUGCUGACUUUAAUCAACUUUUAUCUCUA